AUGCUCACAACCAUCCUGCUUCACCGUGGAGGGGCCCAAGGCUCAGGGAGCCCAGCCGUGGAGUUUGGGGAGGGGCCCCAGGCCGACUCCCGCCAGUCGGUCAGCCCGGCGGCUCCGCACAGCACGCUCCGGAGCCCGACCUGCGGCACCUGCCGUCCAGCUCCAGGGGGCGGAUGGGGCCUGGCCUCGCACAGGCUGGGGCCGGACAGCUCGGGACUGAGGCCGCGCGGAGGCUCCCCGAGGUCGGAGCCCCCGGCCCAGCCGCCGGCCUCGGGGGAGCAGCCGGCUGCCGCUGAGCGGCCCGCCGCGGCCACUUCCACGAGCGGAGGCGGGACCGCCGCGGAGUUCCGGGGGCGCGGAGGGGCGGCCGCAGCUACCGCCACGACCGCGUCACCGCGCGGGCCGCCGAUCGGGCCUCGUGCCUGGGCGCUUCACCCCGCGCCGCCCCGGCGUUUCCCUCCGCGCGCGGACGGCGCUACUUCCCGCCUCGGCCACCGGGCGCGGGAGCCGGGUCGUCGGCGUGGGCGCGGCGCCAAGCGACGCCGCCGCGCUGCCUCCUCCGCCUCCGAGGGGCGACGGCGAAGCGCGCGGGCCUCCGCUGCCAGAGGUGGCCGCCGCGGCCCAGCCCCCAGAAGGGAACGGAUGAGGUCGGCGGGCCGCGGUCGUUUCCCCCUCCGCGGCCGCGUCGCUACGAUAGUAUCUGGAGACUUCAUCUUAGGGACGCAGUGGAAACAAAGGAUGGUGUUUUGCCCUGUGGCGUGGAGCGGCCCGCCCGCCGCUAUUGUCUGGCUGCCUGAUGGGCGCAGCAGCUCUAUUUUUCUUACUCCGAACGUGGUUAUUCGGGGGCAGCAGAGGGACUUACAAGGAGGCAGCAGGGGGACUUACAAGGAGGCUUUGUCUGCAGUAAAAGAGCUGUUGCGAAACGGCCUCUCCUGAAUGGCCGCCCGGCCGCCCUCAGCGGGGACCGCGCAGGGGACCGCUGGCGAUUUUUUUUUUCCCCCAUAUCAAUUAAAGAAAGGAAAAAUCUGCAUUUUCCUCCCCACCUUUUUCAUUCGAAUUGGAGCCUGAGUGUCGGCCGCAGGAAAGAGCUGCCAGCCGCCUUAACUUACUUGAUCUCCUUUAAUAUUUUAUUUUUUAGCUAUUCUAAUUGUUUUGUUUUGUUUUUUUUUUUUUAAUGUAAUCGAGUGCUUUUUGAAUCCUUAAACGGCCUCUGCUGUCUCAGAAAUAAUUGAAUUGGAAAGCUGUGGAGGUGGGCGAUGCUCACACGGACGGACGGACGGAUGGUUUGUUUUGUUGAAUCCACCCUGGUGCCUCCGACCAGAAACAGCCGCGGCAUUUAUAACCACCUGAUAAUGUGUAUUUCACAUAUUUAUUGGGUUCUCUCCCCACCUGAUACAAACCUAGGAGAGCUGGGGGUUGCUGUGUCCUGUUGUUCCCUGGAGCCUAGUACAGUACCUGGCAAGGUACCGGAGGCUUUGUAAAUAUUUACUGACAUCGGUGAUAAAGAAACAGACGUAACACAUUUUUUAAAGACACCGGGAAGAGGAACACGAAACCAAAAGCCGCCCGACACGCAAGGAGCAUCCGUGUCUUCAAACCCCCUCUUUCCGUUGUGGAACGACAAUUGAUAAGGACAGCCAAGAGAGAGUCAUACCGCCGUUCCAUUUUCCAAAGAAGAACAAGAAAAUAAAUGAGCUCGCCCUUCCAGGACGCUUUCCCUCCAUUCUGGGGAUUGGUUGUGCGAGUGAGGGGAGCCUCCCGAAAAUCUGUGGGGAACAUGGAAGUCCUUUUCUCUUUUUUUUUUUUUUUUUUAAUUUUUUUUUUCAACGUUUAUUUAUUUUUGGGACAGAGAGAGACAGAGCAUGAAUGGGGGAGGGGCAGAGAGAGAGGGAGACACAGAAUCGGAAACAGGCUCCAGGCUCUGAGCCAUCAGCCCAGAGCCCGACGCGGGGCUCGAACUCACGGACGCGAGAUCGUGACCUGGCUGAAGUCGGACGCUUAACCGACUGCGCCACCCAGGCGCCCCGGAAGUCCUUUUCUUUUCCUGCAUAACCCUCGGCACAUGCUCACCUGUCUGCUGAGCACGACACGGGGCUUUGGGACAUUCAGAACACGAGAUACGUGUCAACGUUCCGUAAAUAUUUUUCUGUUCCGGAGUGUCUAGGUCAUGUACAGUACACAUGUGGGGAAUGUGUUUCACAUGAAAAUUAAAUCCCUUUUUUAUACC